CCAUAACAAAAGAUCGGUCUUAGUUCCUGUUUGGCGAUAUAAAAGGUGUGUUGAACAAAGCAUUUGCUUCAGUGGUAGAAGGCAGUAUUUGAAGUCAAACCUUUCUAAGUUCGUUUACACUCGCUCAAAGUAUGAAAAUUUCCAUUUUUCUCGGUUCGUUUUCGCUGGCUGUUUUCUGCGUUAGCGCAUACGCAUUCAACACUGAAGAACAUGUGAAGCGUUUCUUUCGUCCCGAGCACCGAGACCUUUUGCCCAAGACAACGAGUCUACAGCUACUGGAUGAACCUCGCCCAAAGCUGCUGAGACAACACGACGAGUCUACCCAAUGCUUAGCUGUUUGCGAGGGAGAUUGUGAAAAAAUCAAAGUCAAGAAAUUUCUGACGGAGGCCGAUAACUUUCGCAAAUUUGAGUUCGACCCUGAUGCAGCGGACUGUGUUUUGGCGUCCACUGUCGUGUUCGCUAAGCGUCCGUACAAGUGCCAGUGGCUUGAAUUGUACCAGUUUGACUGCUGUCGAGCCUGCAAUGCAAAAUUCGUAAAGUGUAACAAAGACGUGGCUAAAAUUUCCGGCGGACCAGAAUUCUGCUAUAGGAAGCAAUACCAGUGCCAGUGCGAUUGCCUGAAAAAACACAGGCCCGUGGAAAGUGAAGACCUCAAUUCCAAGUGAGCGAUGGCAAAGAACUUUCAUCUGCAAGUAGCGAUGAACUUUUUAAGUCUCAUUUCGAACGAAUUUAUGUCAUUCUGUAUUAUUCUUAUGUGUUGGGCAGCGGUGUAACAUCGAAGGCUUGUGUAAAACAGAUUCAUUAUUGAACGAAAUAAAAGUUUAGAUGUAUCACUCUGGUAUCACAACUCCCCUUGAAUCAAUUUAUCUAAAAAUAUAUUGGCGUAAUAACUAGGAAAGUCAAUUACCCCCUCGAGGCUUUCCUAAAGGCCGAUAGCUUUCGAUUCUCCAAUUCUCUAAGAAAACAAUUUCA